AUGCCCAGCAAAGCCAACAUGCCCAGCAAAGCCAACAUGCCCAGCAAAGCCAACAUGCCCAGCCCAGCCAGCACGCCUAGCACGGCACCGGAGACCCCCUCCUCGCUGGAGGAUCAUGACCUGCAGAAAGGGUUCAACGCUCGGGAGAAGCUCCAAAAGCCACUCAAAUUCCAUCUUGCUUUUUUGUCCAUCCUGCUCAUGGUCUUCAUCGUCUCCAUCGAUGCCACGGCGUUGGCGGUUGUCAUACCUAAAAUAGCGGAAGAGUUUGACGGAACGUACCUGGAGGCGUUCUGGGCGAAUGCCUCGUUUCUGCUGGGUCGUCACGGUCGUGCUGCCCGUUCUCUUCCCGUCGUGAUCCUCUCUCGUGCGCUGCAAGGGUCCGGGUGCGGAGGCAUCGACGUCCUGAACGAGAUUCUCGUGGCCGACAUCACCACGCUGCGGGAGCGCGCCUUCUACAUCGGCCUGGUCUCUAUCCCGUUCGCGUUGGGGAGCGUCCUCGGCCCCGUCGUGGGCGCGCUGCUGGGCGAGUUCGCGUCCUGGCGAUGGAUCGGCUGGAUGAACCUGCCUCUCGUCGCUCUCUGUCUCCCGCUGUCCAUCUUCUGCCUCACGCUAAAGCCGCUCGAGGGCGGUCUCUCGCAGCAGCUCGCAGGCUUCGACUGGCGCGGCCUCACCCUGUUCGUGGUCGGCGCCGUCUCCCUGACCCUGCCGUUGAGCUGGGCGGGGGCCAUGUACCCGGGCGAUUCGUGGAGGACGCUGCUUCCGCUAUUCGUCGGCGUCGCGGUUCUCGGCGCGUUUGCCUGGUACGAGUCGGGGGCCGCCCAGCCCAUUCUCCCCUACCGCAUCUUCCGCACCCGCACCGCCGCUGGCGCGCUGGCUCUCAGCUUCCUGCACGGGAUGAUCUUCUACACGCUCAUCUUCCACCUCCCGUUGUUCUUCCAGUCUGUCAGCCUGGAGGCUCCCCUCCGGUCGUCCGUGUCUCUUCUUCCUUUCUACGUCAUUCUGAUGGCGUUCACGGGCAUCGCGGCCGUGGGCAUCGAAUGGACGCGCCGCUACGUCUGGGCGGUCAGGCUGUCGUGGCUGUUUCCGAGUCUCGGUCUCGGUCUCUGCACGCUGUGGGGAGCGCACACGACCCUCGCGCAGACGGUGGGCUUCGAGGCCAUGGUCGCGAUCGGGCUUGGUUCUCUGUUUACGGCCCUGCCGAUCAUGAUGCAGGCCAGUACGCAGCCCGACGCCCACGGCCACGCAGUAGGCAUUCUGGUUUCUUUCUGGCUGUUCGGCGCGGCAGUGGGGCUCGCCGUCUCCGCCGCCGCGUUCAGCAACCAGUUCAGCAGCUCGGUGGCUACCCUCAGCGACAUGCCGCCUACGCUUCGCCUUCUGUUGCAAGAAAACCAAGCCUUGGGCUCGAUCCCGCGACUGAGAGAGUUGGAUCUGUCGCCGGCUGAGCUCGCCGAUAUCCUGAGCGCGUACGAACAGUCGUUUCGGGCCAUGUUUCUUGUUCUGACCGGCCUGAGCUGCGUCGGAUUUCUCCUGACCCUUCUCGCUUGCGAGACAUCCAUUGAGUCGGAUGAAGCCGGUAAGCAAAACCUCAUAGUAUAG